GGUCAACCACACAGUGUACCUGGUAGACCCAUCAAAAAGUCCCACAGAGAAAGAUGACUCAAUUCAUGCUGCCCAAAAACUCAGUGAGUAAAUACAAAUGAGGAAUACUCAACAAAGAAAAACAGAGUGGCUGAAUAUACAGUGGAAAGGAGGAGUUAUGACACAUCCAGUCCAGCAGGAUGGCAGUAGCUGUGGCGUCAUUGUUGUCUUGAUGGCAAGGGAAAUAAUGAAAGCAUUUCCAAAUGUUCCCAUUUUACAAUUUGGAACUUCCAGAAAGGAAAUGGCCAAUGAACGAAAAAUGAUGGCUCUACAGAUACUCAAAGCAUCAGUGUUCGAUGAAGCCGAAAACUGUUCCAUGUGUUCCCUUAAAAAGCCUACUGGAUCUGUGCAUCGUUUCAUAAAUUGGAUCCAAUGUGACACAUGUGAAAGGUGGUACCAUGAAAAGUGCCUGGGUAUGGCCAAAGAAGACCUGGAACAGGCCAGAGCUAACACAUGGAGCUGCAUAUUGUGCUCUUAAAUUGUUUAAUUAAAAUAAACUUUUUUCUUUUUCCUUUUUUUUUUUUUUUUGAAGUGUGCAGUUGUUCUUUUAAAUUGUUAUUAAUAGUUGUAAAUGGUAAAAUGUUUUGAUUAAAUUGAGUAUAAACACUGUUUUGUGAAAAAUGUGAAAGAAAAGUCUAAAUUAUUAUAACAUUAAACAUUUUUAUGUGUGAAAUUCAA